CUCUGCCCAGAAGUGUCGGCGGCAGAGUUGCUCCGGCGUCAGUCACAUCGGCCGCGCCGUCCGCGCCACACGCUACCCGCCGCGCACCCACCGACGAUGUUAGCACUGGUGUUCCUCGCCGCCGUCGCCGCCGCGGCCGCGCAAAACGAAUCACUCCCGCGACCGCCCGCGCCUAGACGCGAACAGUUUCGUGUUAUUUACGAAUGGAACGCUAUAGAUUUCGAUUGGAAAUCCCCGGAAGACCGCGAAACUUACCUCAAUACAAGCCGAUACAUCCCCCAAAACGUUUUAAUAUCUGGCAUAAACUUCUACCAAGACGAUUUGUUCCUGACGAUGCCGCGGAUGCUGGACGGAGUGCCAGCGACGCUGGCGACCAUCCCCGUGCAGCCGGUGGACACAGCCCCCAAGCUGCGCCCCUUCCCUAGCUGGAACCAGAACGCUGUUGGAGACUGCAACGCGCUGCAGUUUGUGCAAAAUAUUGAGAUUGAUAAAAAUGGUAUUAUGUGGAUAUUGGACAACGGAAGGGUUGGUACACUCACCCAGAACCCAGACGCAAAGUGCCCUCCGUCGCUAGUUCUGAUCGACCUUAAGACCGGCAAAAAUGAGAUGGAGCGCAUACCUUUCCCGACCGAUGUAGUGAAUCCCAAUACCACAUAUUUGAACGACCUUGUGGUUGACAAUCGGGAUGGUGAUUACGCUUACAUAACAGACAAUAGUGCAGUUGAUCCUGGCAUUAUAGUUUUUCGACGAAGUGAUAAAAAAUCGUGGAAGGUUCGUGAUACACAAUCAAUGUCUUCAGUAGCCGAGGCCACAUUUUUCCGCAUCAACGGCACCACGGUCAACCUCCCUGUGAACAUCGAUGGCAUUGCGCUCGGACCUCAAUACCGGAACGAAGACGGUAAAGUUGACAGAAAAAUCUACUAUUGCCCAUUAUCAAGCUUCCAUCUGUACAGCUUGAAUGCAUCAGUGUUGCAAAAUGAAACGCUAGGCCAGAAGGGCGACGGAGCCCUGCGACCUUACGUGGUGGAUCUAGGAAACAAAGCUUCACAAACCGACGGCAUGAAAAUGGAUGCAUCCGGAGUACUAUUCUACGGCUUAAUUGGAAACUCUACUAUUGCGGAAUGGAAUACUACCGUCGAUUUCCGCAUCGGCCAGCGGACGAUCGCUCGCGAUCCAAACUACAUUCAGUGGGUAGACAGAUUCACUUUCGAUAGCAAAGGCAACGUGUAUGUCGUUAUAAACAGGCUGUACAACUUCGUGAAAAAUCAGGUGUCUCUGAAUGAAGUUAACUACAGGAUUUUGAAGUCGCACACCGGGUCCAAGAGCUACGUGUUCGGGGAGGAGCUGUCGGAGCCGAGCGUGGCGCCGCAGAGCUCGGCGGCGGUGCCGGCGCUGGCCUCCUCGCUGGCGCUGCUGGCGCUCGCACACCUGCUCGCCUAGUCGCCGCCACCCCGGCUCCGGUCCGACGCGACCGUGACCCUCAAUAUACCAGUGCUUGUCAAUAUGCAACGCUCGGACUGACGCGUAGUAACAUUACCAAAAAUAUUUAAAGUUACCUUGACCUCGUGGUCCACCCAGUGAUAUGCGCAUGUAAAAAUGCUUUGUAUAAUUAUUAUGUUAGAAUAGUUACUUACGUAGGUAUAGAAUACCACAUACCGAUCAUCGGUGACCUUUCCUGGAGAGGUCGUGCCGAAGACGAGUCAUGUCGGUAUCAGUCGAAAGGUCGGGGACGAGUUGCCAAACGCCGUAGCUCGGCUCAACAAUAAACAUUCCAAUUACUUCUAUAAGGUGCAUCUCUGCACAAUAUUUAUUUACCAUGGUAAUAUUUAGAAAUACGAAAUAUAAGACCAGUAAUGUGUUAGCGAUUAAUAUCUCCAAUGUCUUUGAAAUUGAUACGAUAUCAAUAGUCGUGUACGCAAACACGUAUUGUGUGGUGGAUCUAGUUAAGAUCUGUUUAGGGUAAGCUGUAUAUUAUACUUGAUUGUAACUAAUACUGUACGAAUGUAUGUGGCGUGGACGCGGCUGUGUGCUUAUGAAUAAACGUGUUUAUCAUAUUAUA